CAAGCAAUCUAUCGAGAGGGCGAUUCACGUCUGAAUUAUCAGCUGAAUUCGGCGGAGCUUCGCGCACUUGACGUCGUUCGUGAUGCAUUUGCUUGCAUGAAUGAGCCGAUUGAAGAUCCAAGAAAAGUAGCAUGUUUAAAAAAGGCCAGUCAUAAUCCCACUGAUAUAUUGAACAUCAUGGAUAUUACAAUGCGUAGACUGGUUAAAAUGGCUAAGAAAUUACCAGCAUUCAAUGAUUUGUCGCAAGACGGGAAAUUCGCAUUGCUCAAAGGCUAG